GGCUUUAUACUGUUUAAAGUGUGGAAGACGUUUCCUCGGGAAAAGCAAGGCUUGUCCUAGUCAGACACGGUAGCUAUAUUCAGCUUUCUGAAAGACAUUGGGACGAGGACUUGAACUUGGUUCUGGGCCAUUUCAAAAGGUGAGUUCUAAUCAAUAAGAGAAAAAUCCUAGGGAAGCAAGUUUUUGCUCCACGUAAUAAUUUUCUUUCAAAAAUUCGUUUCCAAAUGGAAAUUCAUCUAAAUCAACAAGUACUAUGGAUUUGUGCAUCCCGAAGAAGGCUGGAGAAAUCUAAAAUCAUUUUUUAACUCUGCAAAUGUUUAUUUGACACUGUUGUUAUAGUAAUGCAGGCCAGUCAGUAGAAUCAAGAGUGUGUGUGUGUGUGUGUGUGUGUGUGUGUGUGUGUGUGUGUGUUGUCUGAGUAAGUGAGGACUAACAUGGUUAUGGGUUGCCUCUAUGCAAUGCUAAUCUCGUUAUUAAGUAACAGUGAGGACCGAAGCGGAGAGGCCUGUUUACGCAGCAAUUAGGGAGAUGACAGGCACCGCAUGGUCAGGGCUGCUGUCCCAGCUCAGAACAGAGCCUCUGCUGGUUCACUUUCUCCGGCACAGAUCUCCCCGAAUUGCUUUGCCUCGGUCCCAGCCGCCCGUUGUCGCCGGCUGUCACGGAGUCCUUGUUGCCCAGCGAGUGCUCGGCGGGUCUAGGGCUCCACAUCUCCGGCGCAUAGUGCGGCCCUCGUAGCGGCUCCCUCUCCUCCUGAUCAUCCUGCCCUGCUCACCUCAGACAUCAAGAGCUGUGCCCUGAACAUCGAAUCCUAAGGAGUUUGUCAGCCUCACCGACACCUGUCUUGGCAUGCGGGGAGAGUCCUACUUCAUCGGCAUGAAGAGCCUGGGGCCGCCAGGGCACAUCCCCAAGGAUGGAGGACUUUUCUUACUCUGCUGUGUAGACAGAGACUGGGCCAUCACACGAUGCUUUGCCGAAGAAGCCUUUCAAGCGAUCACUGACUUCAACGACCUCCCCAAUUCCCUGUUCGCGUGCAACGUCCACCAGUCUGUGUUUGAAGGAGAGGAGAGCAAGGAAAAAUUUGAAGGGCUGUUCCGGACUUAUGAUGACUGUGUGACGUUCCAGCUGUUUAAGAGCUUCCGACGCGUCCGGAUAAACUUCAGCAACCCUAAACCUGCAGCUCGCGCCAGGAUAGAACUUCAUGAAACCCAGUUCAGAGGGAAGAAGUUAAAACUCUACUUUGCCCAGGUCCAGACCCCAGAGACAGAUGGAGACAAGCUGCACCUGGCACCGCCCCAGCCUGCCAAGCAGUUCCUCAUCUCGCCCCCGUCUUCGCCGCCUGUGGGCUGGCAGCCCAUCAGCGACGCCACGCCCGUGCUCAACUACGACCUCCUCUACGCUGUGGCCAAACUAGGGCCAGGAGAGAAGUAUGAGCUCCACGCAGGGACUGAGUCCACCCCAAGUGUCGUCGUGCACGUGUGUGACAGUGACAUAGAGGAAGAGGAAGAGCCAAAGACUUCCCCAAAGCCAAAAAUCAUCCAGACUCGGCGUCCCGGCCUGCCACCCUCUGUGUCCAACUGAGCUGACCGCUCCACCUUGACGAUAAUAUCUGUCUCUUCUUGAUCAUGCUCCCCCACUCCCAUUGUCUGUCAGAAAAAUUAAUUGCCUUUAAAUCCCUGGGUAUUUGGUUGUUUGAGAUUCUGUCCUUGAAAUCAAGCCUCUCAGACAAAAGGGCUAGGCAAAGGUGAUAUGUCUCCUGAUCAUAUCAUACCCAUGACAUAUAACCCAACAUCUAGAAAGUCCUAGGGGAAAAAAAAAAAGUAGUAUUUUCUUAUUAAACAAUGAGCACAGCCCACAUCCUCAUUCUCACAUAUUGAUCCAAGCCAGAGACGUCAGUAACAAAUAGCACCAGUGUUGUUUGUGAGCUGUUUCAGUCCCUGUCCUGAUGUGCGCAUGUUGGUUUUUCUUUUCUUUUCUUUUCUUUUCUUUUCUUUUUUCCUGGUCACUUAAAUAGGACCAUAAGUAAACUUGACUUUGACUGCAUGAGAUUUCCCUAUCCGAUCUCACUCAGUCCUCUGCAUCCCGACAUUCCCAGGACAUGCAUGAUCACCAGCAUUUAUUUUCAUGAUUUGAGGAUAUUCUAACUCACGAACUGUUAGCACCCAGCCAUGUCCUCUCUAGUCUAGGAACAUGAUCGGCAGUGCCCAGCUCGACAGGUCUGGGCAGAGUUACAAUUUUGAGUCAAAACUUCAUAGCUCUGUCAGAAUUCCUGGAGGCAAAACUGAAGUUGGCCCCCAAAGCUAUCCCGCCACAGACCUCCACCACCUCUUCCGUGUAGAACUUUCCCACCUCUUUGGGGAGGCUUGUCCAGGGUGAUAGAGACCGAUUUCAGACAAACCCGUUUAUUAUAAAAGUCUCGCGAUGUCUGAACGAUUGUUUUUUUUCCCUCUUUGUAUAUUUGUACAAAUGUUUCAGCUGUGCUUUUAAUAUCUGGAUGUUUUUUAUUUAGAGAUUCUCCAACCAUUAGCUGCUUUAAAACAUAAUAUGUGCAUUGCUUACGAAUGCGUUCAUAUACUAAUGCCGAUAAUCUGAUACUAUUACACGCCAUUAUGGAUAACGCUGAAUUUUGAAAGGACACAAAAGCGUCUCAUGCCAAUAGAUGAGUGGCUAGCCAACAUCAACUUUGCUGUCAAGACCACUUGUUCUUAAAUAAAGAUGUGGCAGUGGUAGAUCAUUUGGAUGCAGCUAAAUUUCCAGAAUGAAGCAGCAGCUGAGCAUAUGAAAGUGGGUAAAGAUGGCAGAUGUCUGCCGGUCUUACUUGUGCAAGCCCUACAUGCUCUAAAACAUUCUUUGCGUUCCAUGUGGUUUUUCUAUUCUCUAGCCCAAAGUGCAUUACAGAAGAUACACCUAUAGAACCAUCACCUUCCGCUCCAUCUGCACAGUUAACGAAUUCCUGUAGAUGCAAAUGCUGGCGAUCGUGGAGUGGGGAAGCACUUUCUUUACCUAAGCCUCAGACACACAGGCAAGAACAAUAACACAGCCAAGCGAUGGAAGGAUUGUUGUGGUUUUUGACUAAGGUGUAUGUUAGUUUCAUCAGAAACUUAAAGCUUCUGAUCACUCAGAAAUUAAAGUCCGUUCUACUGUGAAUAUAGCAAUAUAGUACUGCACACAGUGCAGGAGGAAACGAGGAGAGCAUUACUUCUAAGAUUCUGAGUUUCCACAGGGAGAAUGACUCCUUUUAAAAAUAAAAUCUGAGGAGUCGCUAUUAAGUCCUUUGCCGUGGAGGGUUAGGAUUUCGCUGGACGGAGUAAACUUAGUAAUGGAGAAAGGGUGCCCUCUGGUGGAGAAAUGCGGGACUUAGCUUUUCAGAGGAACAAAAAAUCUACAUCAGGCAAGCGAAAGAAGCUGAGCUUUCUCAUGGGGGCCUCGGCUUUUUAAGCUAUCCCGUAUUUCCAGGAUGCAGAUGAGAGGUGUUUGGAAAUGACUUCUAAGUGUUUCAAACCAGUCAUAGCAUACAUUGCCAGCAACUUAGGAAAAGCUCAAGUGACCAUCCCGUGUCAUUGUGCAAACUCAGUGGCGUGUGUGACCUUGGUGGUUAACCUUAGUAACCUGCACUGCCACGUAUCCCCGUCCAUCCACCUACCCCAGAUCAAGCAGGGCUGGGCUCCAGGGAGGUGGAGGAGCGGCAGGAAAGGGCAGGGCUCCUCGCCGUGCCUCAGUGGGACCUCCUCGCACUGUGAAAGUCACCAUCGAUCGCCUCAGCAUUUCCGCGCUGCACAUGAUACAAGCUCUUUGGCACUAUUGUAAGUUUGAAAAUUUUUCAUAUGGAGGGGAAGAGGAAGAUUCCCACCAACUGAAUCAUUUGUGCACGUGUACAGCUCAAAGAGCUUAGACUUCAAAUAUAUCUGGUGAAUGACCUUGGUC